AUGACUGUAUUUUCUGUAUUAUGUGGGGCUUUGCCCAUUCUUUCAACACUUGUGUGCCAAACACUAGCCCAAACAAAUUGCGGGGGAACGCAAUACGUACCAGGCAGUCUCAACUUGACGCUGGAAUGCUACAACGCUAUUCAAGACUGCACAUCUCAAUUCGAAGCAAAUGCGAGCCAAGUCAACUGCAAUGAUGGUCAUGCCAAUCUCCAGGCUACCGGUUCCAGCCAGAAUAACGACGCUGUUAUUGCCUUCCAAGAUAUUGUUGAGUUCUGCAUCCGGGGUGGUUAUUCAACCGGCACCUGGGGCUACAGCGAUAAUCAGUGGUAUUGGGUCGCUGCCGGAAGCGCCUGCUAUACGAACGAUCCCAACACCACCGAUGUAGUGCCUACGCGCCCUCCUCGCUUCUGCGUACAAAACCGCGAUUCCAGUCUGCCAGAUUGUUAUCCCCAGCCUGCUUCUGGCGGUGGCCCGUUGAAGGUUUUAAAGACUGCCAGAACCGCCAAUGGAUUUAUCUCAUCCGCUCGGGGUUGGAAUACCUACGGCAUCCAAGCACUGGCAAAUGGUUCUCAAGUGGUGCCGUCCUUUGUAGGAUCCUCAGGCUUAGAUUACACCCAAGAAUUUGUUCAAACACAAUGUGGUGUACUUGCUCAGUCGAGAUUCAGAAAUGCUGGCUAUAAUUAUUGCAGCCUUGACUCAGGCUGGCAAGCAACGUCAGCCGUGGAUGAAUACGGCCGAAUCACCUAUAAUCACACAAGAUUCAAUCUGCCAGACUUAGGAUCUUGGCUUCACAACCGAGGUUUGAAAUUGGGGGUGUACAUUACUCCCGGUGUUCCAUGUUUCGCACAAAACAAGACUAUAAAAAAUACAAAAAUCAAUAUUGGAGAAGUCCUGGAUGGCAACAAUGACCAGAUCAACUGUGACUGGGACUUCACUAAAAAUGGCGUUCAGCAAUGGCAUGACUCUGUGGUCGAACUGUGGGCUUCUUGGGGGGUUGACUUGAUCAAACUAGAUUUUGUCACCCCUGGAAGCCCUCAAAACGGAGCGAACCUCGCAUGUAAUAACUCGGAAGCAGUCAGAAUGUAUCAAAAUGCAAUUAAAAAAUCGGGCCGUCAAAUUCGCCUCGACCUGUCCUGGAAACUGUGCAGGAACGAGACCUGGCUUCCAGUCUGGAGCGGACUGGCCGAGUCUAUGAGAACUGAUCAAGACCUCGACAAUUAUGGUACCAACACUCUAAUGGCUUGGGCUGUCGGCCAGCGCGCCAUUGAAAACUACCGUCAGUAUAUCGGCCUACAGGCGCAGCGAGAUGUUCCACUGACGAUAUAUCCUGACAUGGAUAACUUGUUCACCGCAAAUGCUGAAAAUUUGACAGGCGUCAAUGAUACAAAGCGAAUCACCGUGAUGAAUCAUUGGCUAGGAGCAGGUGCAAAUUUAAUUCUCGGUGGUGAUUUGACGCAGAUUGAUGAACUAGGCUACCAGUUAAUUACUAGCAAUGAGUCUAUCACGGCAGCCAAGUUUUUUGCCCAAUAUCCGAUGCAGCCUCGCAAUCCUGGAACGGGUAAUAAUACUGCUCAGCAACUGCAAGCUUGGAUUGCAGGACCUUCGUCAGAAAAUGUUGCCUAUGUCCUCGUAGUGAAUUACGGUCCUGAUGAAGGACAAGGUGGAUUCGGCACUCAACUAGCUGGCGUUCAGAACGUAACAGUGUCACUCAACGACUUGGGGAUUGGGGGGAAGAAGUGGACUUUUACAGAUAUUUGGAGUGGCUCCUCUACUACUGUGUCGAACUCUUAUACCGCAACACUAGAUGAGGGCACUUCACAACUCUUUCGGCUAUCUGUGCAUAACAGUUGA